CAUCACUGUGGAAAGAGUUUCAGUCGUAAAGGAAACCUUAAGGUCCACAUGAGAGUUCACAAUGGAAAGCAACCUUAUACCUGCCAACAGUGUGGAAAGAGUUUCGCCCAAAAGGGCCUUGGAGUCCACAUGAGAAUUCACAAUAGAGACGUCGCUUUGUCCUGCAAACAGUGUGAGAAGUGUUUCACUACCAAUGAAAAACUGAAAACUCACAUGAGAGUUCACACUGGAGAGAAGCCUUUCUCCUGCCAACAGUGUGGAAAGAGUUUCGCUCUCAAAGAGAACCUUAAAAUUCACACGAGAGUUCACACUGGAGAGAAACCCUACACCUGCCAACAGUGUGGAAAGAGUUUUGCUCAAAAAGGAAGCCUUCGAGUUCACAUGAGAAGUCACACUGGAGAAAAACCUUACACUUGCUCUCAGUGUGGACAGAGUUUUACACAUAAAAGCAACCUUACUUCCCACAUGAGAAUUCACAGUGAGAGGUCUUUCACCUGCCAACAGUGUGGAAAGACUUUCCCUCAAAAGCAAAACCUGGAAGUCCACAUGAGGAUUCACUCUGGAGAGAAGCCUUACACCUGCGCUCAGUGCAGAAAGAGCUUUACUCAUAAAAACACCUUUAAAUACCACAUGAAAAUACACACUGGAGAGAGGCUGUUUGCAUGUGAUUGGUGUGGAAAGAGCUUUAUAACAGAACUGAGGGCGGAGAUACCACAUGACCAUUCACACCGGAGAGAAACAGUUCAUGUGCUGUCAGUGUGGGAAAAGUUUUGCACAUAA